AUGAGGAUUCACAAAUUUUUCAAUUACGUGAAAUAUUUUCUUGCAUCACGUUGCGAAGAUGAGGGAUUGGAACAUUCCUUAUUGUUGGGAUUGGAACUAGAAACAGACGACAAGGAGAUUUCCAACCACCAAGUAUUGCAAAUAUUCGAGAGAUUAGCUAGAAGCGUUGUCGAAUCGCCAGACGAAUCUCAAGAUGUUGUCAAAAUUAAGAAAUACUAUGUUGUGAAGAUUUGCGAUCUAAUGUCGUGGGGAAUGCCCGGAGAUGAGACUAACGAGAGAAUUGAGAAGAUGUCCAAGUUGGUAUGCGACAGCGGGGAGAAAAUCUCUCUGGAUGUUCUCGCCAAGAAGAUGGUCGAGACAUUCGAAGAGUGUUGCAAAAAUUGA